GAGUUACAACACGACCAGCUCUUAAAUUCCUAAAAUUCCAUUGUGAUUCUGGGAAUACGUGGGCAGUGUGUGUCUUGUUUUUUAAAAGAUAGUAUCCCAAUAAAUUUCUAGCUGUCAUGUGAUGAAGUGCUAUGCCACAUGAUUAAGGAUUUAGAGGUUAGAGACAAGGUGUGGCGUUAGAGGAAGAUGAUCAAAUCCAGUGUGCUUCCUAUGUUUUGUGUAAUGACAGUACUGUGAGUAUUUCAGCAAAUGGGAUUUUAGACUGCAGAGUGCUGUAGUUAAAUACAGCAAUUAUACCACAGCGCACUUGAAUGCAGAUGCUGAGCCUUCUUCAUGGGCUGGGAUGGUUUAGAGCUCUUUGGAGCUGCAUUUAAACUGCAUUUUGGAAGGUCAGACUCGCAGGCACCAUCGAAGUCCACUAUAUGGAGAAAAUUCCUGAAAUGUUUUCCUCAAAAAAAAACGACAUUUCUUUACGACUGAAGAAAGAAAGACAUGAGUAUCUUGGAUGGCAAAGGGGUAAUCUCUCCAAGACAUGCACAGCAGAAGGAUGGACCGAGGUGCACCCCAUAAUGAUUGCAGUGAAUUGUGGGUAUAAUCUGAAUGGCACCAUUGAUGAUGAUAAUUUCUUCCGGUCGGUUAAGAUCGGCUACACCAUCGGACACAGCGUUUCACUCAUCUCUCUGACCACGGCCAUAAUCAUACUGUGCAUCUUCAGGAAACUACAUUGCACUAGGAAUUAUAUUCACAUGCACCUGUUCGUGGCCUUCAUCUUGAAAGCCAUUGCGGUGUUCAUUAAAGACGUCGUCCUCUAUGAUGUGAUUCAGGAAUCCGACAACUGCUCUACUGGCUCCGUCGGCUGCAAAGCUGUCAUCAUCUUCUUCCAAUAUUGCAUUAUGGCGAGUUUCUUCUGGCUCCUGGUUGAGGGCUUGUACCUGCAUGCCCUAUUGGCUGUCUCUUUCUUCUCAGAAAGGAAAUACUUCUGGUGGUACAUCCUGAUUGGCUGGGGAGGGCCGCUGAUUUUCAUCACAGCCUGGAGCUUUGCCAAAGCCUAUUUCAAUGAUGUUGGGUGCUGGGAUAUUAUCGAGAACUCAGACCCGUUCUGGUGGAUCAUCAAAACACCUAUAUUAGCUUCUAUACUGAUGAACUUCAUCCUGUUCAUUUGUAUCAUACGCAUACUGCGGCAGAAGAUCAACUGCCCCGACAUCGGGAGAAAUGAAUCAAAUCAAUAUUCGAGGCUUGCUAAAUCGACACUGUUGUUGAUUCCACUCUUCGGGAUAAACUUCAUCAUAUUUGCAUUCAUACCGGAACACAUCAAAACGGAGCUGAGGCUGGUGUUCGACCUCAUCUUGGGUUCCUUCCAGGGCUUUGUUGUUGCUGUCCUCUACUGCUUUUUGAAUGGAGAGGUUCAAGCUGAAAUCAAGAGGAAGUGGAGAAGGUGGCAUCUGGAGAGGUUCCUGGGCUCCGACACUAAGUACCAGCACCCGUCUAUGGGCAGCAACGGCAACAACUUUGCCACGCAGAUCUCCAUGCUGACUCAGCGAGCGUCCACCUACCACGACGACACCUCCAUCACCAUCUAGCUCAGCAUCAGAGUCACCUGACACAGGACAAUAAUCGUCCGUAGAUCCACUCACGCUGUGUGUUGUAUGCAUCAGGAUACGAGCGCAAGGUUCUGUGACGUUCCUCUCAGUUCAGAUGGCAUGAGGGUACCACAAGCACUCCACAUCACGUUCUCUUUGAGCUACGUACGGCUCAGAGGUGAACGCUGAAAAAGGUAAUUUCAAAUGUAAGUGCUGCCAGAUUUACAAACACGUUUCGGAAAGCCUGAUAUAUGAUGGAACAGAGCACACUCCAGACACAGCUCCUUUGCACAUAGCGACGCCUUAUGUAGACGGAUACAGGGGCGGCUUCACGUAGGUGGAUACGGGCUCAAAAAGCAUCGAUGGUACUGAUAGUGAAAUUAGACUACGUAUGUUGUGUAAAUAGAAAAAAUUCAUUUAACAUUACCAAAGACAGGCAACAUUUUUACAGAACGCUGGUUUACUCUAAACGUACAUCCAAUGCAAAAGCAGUUGUUUAAUUACAACAAUCAGUGUCCAUGUAAAUCAUGUACUUUUGCAGGGCAUGUUCACGAUCAUCUUUAGUCACAGGCGUGUAAAUCUGCAUAAUUAGUCCUCUAAGGGAUGCUUUUUCAGAGAGGUUUUGUGGACUUGUUUGUCAGGUAGAAGCCACAAAGCCUUUGGGAAAGUGUUAUAUUUUACAGCAUCGCUCCAGUUUUUUGAGCAGAACUUUGUGUUGUGUGUUUAAUCAUUUUAUCGAUGGGAUAAAUUUAUCUUUUUAUUUUUUUUCUGUACAGAGAAAUGAUUGAAAAUGGUUGAAGUAAUACACUACAAUACAACUUUUUACAUUAUAAUUGACAAACUGUAUAUUCCUGCAUUAUAUGCUGCUUUUGCACAAUUUGUUUUCCUAAUCAAUUUAAUGAAUGAAGAAAAACCUUUCCAUUAUUUCAGGACGUAUAACAUCACUGCUGCUUCAUGGUGUCCGUGUUGCUCUUAAUAUAAGCCUGAAACUUAAGUAUGUGGAGUUAUUUCUCGACUUCAUAUUGGUGUCAGUAAUUGUGAAUGGGUUGUGUUUAUGGUACCCUCUAUGUUGUACAGCAGUGUUUCCCAAAUCCGCUCCGUCACCUGCACAAUUUUAGUGUGUUUCCUGCUGGAAUUACACAUCAGACAGACAGAGUAGCUAAGCUAAUUACACAACAUGUUAGGAAACAAACUUUUCCCACCUUGAAAUGACCAAAUCCAUAUUCUCAACAAUAGCAAAGUGCAUUGUGGGUAUACACACAGUUUGGGCACAAACCUUGCUGCAGAAUUGAGAAUUGUACGAUUUCACAAUUACUCCACUAUGGGUUCGGGCAUGACAACAAAUUAGCAUUAAAUAACUAAAUAACAUAGUAAUAGUCUCAGUGGCAAAACUGACUCACCCUAGUGCAUUAUGGGAAUCCCUCUGACCACCAAGACUAUAUAAGAUUAGUAAAUAACCAUUAGGGUACAUAGUAAAGAAAAACUGAUGGACGACUUGCUUUUGAGAGCUACAUUUUGCUUUAUUUGUUUUGAUGGAUGCACAUAUGGCCAUUGCAAGUGAAAAGUUAGAGUAAAAUAUUAGAUAUUUAGUUAUAUUAAAUUCUAAACAUCUAAAAGGUGUUGCAUCGAAUAAACUCUUCAAAAUAGGUUUCAUGUUUUUAUCACUACCUCAGGUAACAUCACACAGCACAUACACUGAUCAGGCAUAACAUUCUGACCACUGCCAGGUGAAGUGAAUAAGACCUGUUAGUGGGUGGGAUAUAUUUGGCAGCAAGUGAACAUUUUAUCCUCAAAGUUGAUGUUAGAAGCAGGAAAAAUGGACGAGUGUAAGGAUUUGAGCGAGUUUGAUGAAGGGCCAAAUUGUGAUGGCUAGACCACUGGAUCAGAGUAUCUCCAAAGCUGCAGCUCUUGUGGAGGUGUUCCCGGUCUGCAGUGGUCAGUGGUCACCUAUCAAAAGUGGUCCAACAGUGGUGAACCGGCGACAGAGUCAUGGACGGCCAAGUCUCAUUGGUGCACGUGGGGAGCGAAGGCUGGCCCGUGUGAUUCGAUCCAACAGACGAGCUACUGUUGCUCAAAUUGCUGAAGAAGUUAAUGCUGGUUCUGAUAGAAAGGUGUCAGAAUACACAGUGCAGGACGGGUCAGGGCUGUUUUGGCAGUAAAAGGGGGACUGACACAAGAUUAGGCAGGUGGUCAUAAUGUUAUGCCUGGUCGUUGUUUGCCUCUUAUUAGACUAAGUCAACAUCGGCUUUUUCGCUUAGUCCAUUCGUUCAUUAUUAAACAAAGGUACUUGUUUGCACUCAUACUCAUUUAACAGAAGCGUCCAUGAUUGAGCAACAAUAAAACACAAGCGUUUGAAAAAUGACAUUCAAGUGUAAUCGCCUUCUAAAAGAGGAAGACCAUGGUCAUGAUUCAUUAAGGUGUCGACUAUGAAUGAAUAGACACUAGUCUUUAUUUCUAGUGUUUAGGACAUAACCAAUCAGUCAAAGAAGGAAACAGAGUCAAACAGCAAGACACGGAAACACUGCUGUAUAAGCCGGAUUUGGAUUAAACAUGACUAAUUUACUCAUCAGAGGACACAGCACCGUCUAGAUCAUGGAGAUUGCGGAAGGCUUUUAUUUCUCUGCUGGGACUCGUCUUUGUUUUUUUUUGUUUUUUUUUUAUGUGAACAAAUAACGGAAACAAUCCAAUGUGGAUUGUUGACUAUCCAAAAUCUAAAUGGAGAUACACUGUAGAGAGAAAAUGUGACAUUUCUCCCAGACACCUUGCAUAUUUUGUGGAUGAUGAUUUUCCAGACUACACGGUAUUUGUAUAUGAUCUGUGUGUGUGUGUGUGUGUGUGUGUGAGAGAGAGAGAUAAAGAGAGAAAGCAAGAAAUGAUGUAUUUGUAAGCUGAAUGCCCUUCUCUGCACUAUCAUUAUCAUUCCCAAUAGACAUCAUUCCUUGUCAUACAAUCAGAGUCUUGUGUUCUUUGGGAUUAUGUUAGCGUUGGUUUAUCACUUAAAGCUGUAGCGUGAUGGGACAUUUUUACGGCUCAACGUCGGAUCCCAUUCAGCGAUAAACGCAACCGGGACGUUAACAUCCAAGAACGGGAUCGUAGGACGGGAUCUGACAAAAACAGAUCCAAUUUGGAACGAUGAUUUUUUUUUAAAGUGUGGGUUAUAAAUCUACACAGGAUUAGAAUAACUGUGUGUGUAUGGUACAAUAAACAAUGGAGAUGACAUUGCUGUAUUUUUAAGAUGAUGCUUAUCUCACGGCCUAGCCUGUCGGUUCUUAUCUGUUUCUAGCAAGAGGAACAGAAAAUCCAAACCACAUGCUGUACAUCAAGCACAUACUAACAGAACAUUGUGUAACACUGUAUUUGAAGGCUUAACUACAUGCAUUAACACUGAAUAACGAUUUUGAAGAAUAAUGCGUGAGUACAUAUGAAAGGCUUGGAGCAGUUGUCAGUUAGGUUUACUGAACCGAUCCUAUAACCAGUUUUUGUACGUUUAAUACAAUUGUGCAUUUUUGCAUUACUUUAUAAAUUACAAGUUGUUGAUAUAAUGUCAAUUAUCUGACAUAAUCCUGAUAUAAUACUGUAGCAUACCAUUUUUUCCCCAAAUACUAACACAAGCCUUGCAUACAUACGUACCUAUGUAUUAUUAAACAUCAUAUACACCGAUCAGGCAUAACAUUAUGACCAGUGAAUAAGACUGAUGAUCUCUUCAUCAUGGCACCUGUUAGUGGGUGGGAUAUAUUAGGCAGCAUUUUGUCCUCAAAAUUGAUGUGUUAGAAGGAAAAAUGGACAAGCGUAAGGAUUUUGACGAAGGGCCAAAUUGUGAUGGCUAGACGACUGGAUCAGAGCAUCUCCAAAACCGCAGCUCUUGUGGGGUGUUCCAGGUCUGCAGUGGUCAGUAUCUAUAAAAGUGGUCCAAGGAAGGAACAGUGGUCAUGGGCGGCCAAGACUCAUUGAUGCACGUGGGGAGCGAAGGCUGUCCCAUGUGAUCCGAUCCAACAGACGAGCUACUGUUGAUCAAAUUGCUGAAGAAGUUAAUGCUGGUUCUGAUAGAAAGGGGUCAGUAUACACCGUGCAGGACGGGUCAGGGCUGUUUUGGCAGCGAAAGGCGGACCAACACAAUAUGAGGUCAUAAUGUUAUGCCUGGUUGGUGUAUAUUAAUAGCCUUCAAAUAAUGUGUUUUGAGUAUCACUGUCUUAAAGAACCUGUGUCAUCUCUGCGCUCAUCCCGAACACGAUAACGAAGUUCUCAUGUACUGUGGUAUUUCUUUCUGCUUCGUUUGUUACUCAAUGGAAAGUAUUUGAUGUAAAAAUCAUUUCGGUUCAGUAAAUGCAUGUCCGGGUCACCAAAACCAGCUUAGUUACGAUAUCUAUUUUAUUUUUAGUUUGCGUUCUAAAGCCACUGUGUGAAGGUACAGUGUAAAAUAACUUACAGGUUGAUUUUCCGUACGAUACGUAAUUUCAUUUCACCAUAAAUUCUCAAAUUUUCCUCAAUAUCGCUGUCCUAAAGUGUAUAUCAAUAUUCGAAACAACACAAAUGACCUCUCAUUCAUUGCCAAGAAGAAUGUAUGCCCUCACAAUGUAUACUGUGUGCUCAAGCAUCAGUUUGAUUUACUUCACAUGUACUUCGUGUACUUUGUGGCCGUGUAAAUUCCGUCACAAAAUGGCCACCAUUUGCCAAACGUUUCCAUCUGUGGUUGUGUACAGGUUUUUAAUUAAGAUUAGUAAAAAGGUAUUAAAUGGGCUUAUUUAGCGGUGUACCGUUUAUACGCGUGAACAGUUGAAGAACUGGAUGCUGUGUGUGUUUUAGUCUGUGUUUGUGUCUUGUCAAAGUGAAGCAAACAGUUCAGUGCAUUAUGCAUGCUGCACAUGCGUACACAACACAUCACAGCCACUACACCUGACUAGUACAGAUUUAUCCAACGAUAUGUGAAUAGUCUGUUUAUUUUUGUACUCCAGCUCAAAUGUGCUCACGUGUAUUGUCGCUGUAUGGUAUUUUUGUAAGAUUAAAAGCAAAAUAUUCCGGUUCUGUUUUACCACUAUACCAUUGCCAAUAAACUACUUGAAUUGUACUCUGUACUAAUACAACAUGUGCGAUGUGUGUAUUAAUUGGAACUAAAAUUACAGUGACGGUCCUUGAAAUGUACAAGACUGAU